AUGACUCAUUGCGCAGAGACAGUGGCUCGCGACGCUGUCUCCGGUCGCAGCGCGAAGGGUGCGCAAGCUCCGGAAUGCACGAAGCAGGGCGCGAUCAAGCCGUGCUUGAUGACGCGAGCCCGCGGGUACAAGAACCCGCCGGCGGUUGCCCGCAGACUAGAAUACACAAGUGGCAACAAUGGCCGUCGAGACGUUAAAUGUCUUGACACGGGCCUUACUGGGUAUCAGUACGAGAAGAUGGAGUUGGAGAACCCUCCGACAGAUACGUCGGAGUUGAUCUCGCUUCCAGCCAUGAGAUGGAAGCGCUUCGCAAAAGACCUGUACGAUGGACGCUUGGAACAGCUAUGCAUUCUUUCGGAACGCGAAAGAAUGACAAGCGAAGCGGAAGAGUUGAGCCAACUCUUGGGUGGAAGCGCCACUGAGAGCAAGGAUACUCUCAGUGCCAAGACCAAGAAGGAGCGCUUCGAGGAGCAGAGUUGGGACUCGCUGAAGUCGAGUCUCGAGGCCCUAUUACGAGAUUCUGCGAGAGCACAAGGAAGUGCUCCCGAACGAGAUCCCUACGGAUGGCCACUGCCGCGGGAGCAAGUGAAGGCAAUCGACGACUUCUUCGAAAGCCGUCGCAAGGCAGGACAAGUGCGGGAAUCGAUGUCCCCGCACAGCGCACCAACGUUCUGUGUCAAGAAGCCACAGGACGCCGAUCCUCGAAAAGAUGUCAUCAUCGAUUCGAUGUCCAAGAGCACCAUCUACAGUGCUCUUAAUCUGAGAGACGGGUUCUAUCAGAGCCUGAUGCGUGAGAGUGAUAUCCCUAUCACGGCGGUAAGCACCCCAAGCGGCAUGCUUUGGAAGUGGCUAGUAAUGCCGCAAGGACUGAAGAACGCCCCUGCGACCUUCAAUAGAUGCGUCACGCAUCUAUUGCGUUCGACGCGCGACUUCGCACCAAGCUACUUAGACGAUGUAUACGUUCACAGCUGGGCUGUGAACGAGAAGUCGGACGUCGAGAUGCACAAGGAGCAUCUCCGAAAACUACUUGGGCUCAUGCGCAAGCACAAGCUCUAUGCAAACCUGAAGAAGUGUAUCUUCGGUGCGAGCGAGAUACUCGUGCUAGGGUGUCUUAUUGGGAAGAAUGGUGUACAUCCUGACCCCGAGAAGGUCAGCGUGAUCAAUGAAUGGCCUAAGCCAUCUAACGUAAAGGAACUACGGCAGUUCCUUGGCCUUGUCACGUACUUGGGUAAGUACGUGGACCACUACGCAGGCAAGAUUCACCCGCUGUCGCAGCUCCUGCAGAAGGAAGCUGGGACCGUCUACUACCAGUCGCGUCAGCUGAAGCCGUCUGAGCGGAACUACCCAGUGCAUGACAAGGAACUCCUUCCCAUGAACUACGCACUCGCGAAGUUACGAGUGUACUUACUCGGCAACACGCCGUUCGUGGUCUAUACAGACCACGUGUCGUUGCGGACGGCUGUGAAGUCCCCGCACAUCUCGCAACGAAUGGCGAGAUUGUUAUUCUUCUUCGCGGAGUACAACUUCCGGUCAGCCGACAUCAACCAGAUUGAUGUCGCUCGCACCUACACACCGCCGUCGCCCUUGUUGGACGAGGUGAAGACCGCGUAUGCGAAUGACGGAGAGGCGAAGCAGCUGAUCGAGUUCCUCUUAGCCCCUUCCGACAAAGCAAACUUCUACUGGAACCACCAGUACAAGUGGGUGCGCAAGUACUCACUGCCGACUCCGUCGGAGUGCUGGGAGUCGGUGUCGAUGGACUUAGUGUUUGGUCUUCCGCGCGAUUCUAGGCGGAAGGCUGGUAUUGUGGUCUUUGUGGACCGCUUCAGCAAGAUGGUGCAUCUCGCUGCUGGCGCAGCGGAGGUGACCUCCGUACAGACAGCACGUCUGUUCGUCGACAUGGUGUUCAAACACCGUGGCAUAUCCAACGUCUUUGUGUCGGACCGCGAUCCGCGCUUCACGGCGCGUUUCUGGCAAGAAACGGACGGUCAAACCGAGCACGUGAAUCGCGUGCUCGUGGACUUGCUGAAAAGCUACGCCCAGUCGUUCCACAACUGGAGCGACUACUUGACGAUGGAUGAGUUUGCCAUCAACAACUCGGUGCAUGCCUCGACCGGGCAUACACCGUUCUUCGUGAACGCCAUGCGGCAUCCACGCCUUUCGGAGCACGCUCGGGGCGGUGGAUACCUCCUUAAGUGGGGAGGAUCUACGGUUGCGUCUGAACAACCGCAGAAGACAGCUGAUACGAACCUAUCUGCUGCGAUGACACGUGCGAGAGCGAAAGCCCGCACACAACAAGGCAACGUGUCAGUACCGGGCACUGACUCUGCGAAGAACCGCGAGCAGGCGACACCUGCUGCAGCAAAGGACACGGGCCACGCACAGUCAGGGACUGGUGCGACUACAAGUGGUGAGUCUGUGCAGGGCACAAACGCGGACAAAACCAAUGAGCUGAACCCGGGGUUCAACUCUCAAGCAAUUGACUUUGUCCACGAACGACAAGCAGUCGUUCGCUUUGUACAAGAUGCAAUUGCAGCUUCUGCGGAUAGGCAGAAGCUGAACGCAUAUAAUGUUGGAAGAGUCUCUGGCUUCGGAGCAAGCAAGCUGGCUCCGCGCUUCAUUGGACCGUUCACGGUGACAGAACGUCACGGCAGCGCAUACACGUUGGAACUUCCUUCCGACAUGAGACUUCACCCGACGUUCUACGUCGGGCGCCUGACGCCAUACGUGCAGCCCGCGUCAUCUAGUCGUGAGGACGCGCCGACGACGACGCGCGGCGCGUCCUCAGCUUCUCCUCAAGCCGCUUCACCUUCUCUUGGAGAAGGCGACAGGGAUGUUUGA